AUUGAGUCAUAUUAUCUUCCAUUGUUAGAAGACAUUGUACCAAAAAAUUGUGCACUUCAUUUCAAUUACUACUACUCCACUAUUUUAUUAAUGUGCUAAAUCAAGCAUAUGUGAGAUGGUUGAUUUGUCGAUUCCUCAGCAAACGGCGGUGAAUUAGUUCUUCUAAAUUUCUUCCGAUCUGGAAAUCUGCAGUUUUUGAGAUGGUUACCCAGAAUCGCAAAACCAAUACUUCUGCAGUUGAGAGAUUCAAUAAUCCAAUUGAACGAUACCAAUCUUUAUCAAUCAAAGAAUGCCUCUCCAAACGCUCCCAAUAUUCCUUCGCAUGUAAACAAUUGAGCUUUCUUCUUAAAAAUGCCUACUCCAAGUUCCCCAAAAAUCUUCAAUCGCUUAUUUUUCAGGAUACCAUUUUCGCUUUCCGCCUUCUCCCCGAGAUGCAGACGCAGUCAGCAAUUUCAGCUGCUAAUUCUCUUCUGCAAAGUGCGGAAUUUGCUUUGCCGAAGCAAAAGAGAGCACUGGCUGUCACGGAACACAAACACGCAGUCGUUGCCAGUAAGAGAAAAUCCAAGACAAAUAAUGAAGAAGGUAUAGACCAGCUUCCUCAAGAUGUUCUUGUACACGUAUUUGGCUUCUUGGAUGUGCAGUCUCUGCUUUCUGCUUCUGCAGUCUGCCGGUCAUGGAAUGGUGUUGCUGGUGACAACUGUCUAUGGAAAUUGUUGUAUGACACUUACUUUAGCAAUUGUGAAAGUUUUGUGAAGAACGAGGGACUUGGAACAAUUGGAGCGAGUAAAAAUGAGAUGCAUCAGAUUGACGACAUUACAACAUUUGGUGUUAACUAUAGAUUUGCAUUUGAAGCAGCCUAUAAAGAUGAAAAAAUGGGAUGUUGUACAGGAUACUGUUCAAGUUGCCGUUCAAUUGUUUGGCUAGAUCGCAACAGAUGUUCCAAUGAAACCAAUAGAAGAGAUGAAGUGAAGCACCAAAUCAAGCCUAUAUCAAUAGAAAAGGUAUUUUGUUUCUUCACAUGCUAUUUUGAGUUGAGCUAUUUUGUUUCUUCACAUGCUUCCACUCUUUCAUCUAUUAACUUGAAAGGAUGUGACAGAACCAAUUAUAUGUAUAACUAAUUGUUUCUAUGGGAUUCUUAGGUUGGUGACUUCAUUUUAGAUGGCUUUGUGUCAUCUGAAUCUUCCUCAGAUAGUGACAGUGAUACUGAAGAUGUGUUUGCCUUGAGGCUAUGGGCCUAUCCUAGGCAAUAUUAGCUGAUGUUCUGAAAUCAUUGUUUUAAGUUUUUGGAGAGCCCGACCUCUCGUUCAAUUGUAUUUUCUCUUGUAAAAGAGUUGGCUUCCGCCAUUACAUAGAAGACAAAUAAUUAGGUGCAAAAUGUCUAUGUAUAUAAUGACUGAGGUGUUCCAAGAACAAGAUCCAUAUAUCACCACAAUGUUUUAGAUCUUACAAAA